AUGGCUCGUAAGAUCCUCUGUGUGGCAGAGAAGCCUGCCAUUGCUCGCGCAGUGGCCACUCAUCUUUCGGGUGGUUCUUUUCAAACACAUCCAAUUCGCGGGAAUCAGUAUGUGAAAAACUAUGAGUUUGACUUCAACUUUGGUGGUGCUUGGGGCAAUUGCUCUGUCACUAUGACCAGUGUCAUAGGCCACUUAACUGGCCUGGACUUUGACCGUCAGUAUAAAGGCUGGCUUUCCUGUCCUCCAGGGUCACUGUUCGAGGCACCCGUGCAGGAAGACGUUGAUAAGGUGGACAAAGCUCCUAGAUUUGACAAGCUACCAAUCGCGGAAAACAUUCGCAACCAAGCCAGGUACUCCAAGGCAUUGUUCAUCUGGACCGAUUGUGACCGUGAAGGCGAACACAUCGGCUCAGAAGUCCGUACCCAGGCCUUAAAAGGCAAUUCUCGCAUUGAGGUCAAGAGAGCCAAGUUCAGUAACACAGAGAGCGCCCAUGUGCGUCGGGCUGCUCUGCAGCCAGUCAACCUUGAUGACUAUCAAGCAAAUGCUGUAGCUGCCAGAAUCGAGCUUGAUCUUCGAAUUGGUGCGGCAUUCACACGUCUCCAGACGCUGCAACUACAAGCGGUAGUCGCCGCCUUGAAAGACAAGGUCAUCAGCUAUGGAUCAUGUCAAUUUCCUACGUUGGGAUUUGUUGUUGACCGAUACUUGCGAGUGCAGAACUUCAAACCAGAAACGUUUUGGGGCAUCAAAGUAAUUCUUUCCCGAGAAAAUAAGAAAGUCAACUUUCUCUGGAAGCGUGUGCAUCUAUUUGACCGAGCGGUUGUGACAAUGAUGCUAGAACGGUGUCUGACUGCAAAACAAGCUAAAGUCACAAAGGUGAACCAGAAGCCUACAAGCAAAUGGCGGCCAUUACCCUUGACAACCGUCGACCUACAGAUGAUGGGCUCUCGCUUUCUCCGGUUGGACAGUCAAACUAUCAUGAAGAUAGCAGAAGCACUUUACACCAAGGGAUACAUCAGCUAUCCCAGAACUGAAACAGAUCAGUUUGACAAGGCGAUUGACCUCAAGAAGCUAAUUGAAAAGCAAUAUCCUGACAGCUCAUGGGGACAAUACGCGAAGGACCUUGUCGAUAGCAAGUUCAGAACUCCUCGAUGGGGUCGUCACAAUGAUAAAGCCCAUCCUCCCAUUCAUCCGGUGAGCUGGGUUUCACCUAAUCAACUAAACGCCAAUGAAAAGAAAGUGUACGAAUUUGUGGUCCGUCGGUUCCUUGCCUGCUGCUCUGAUGAUGCCAAGGGCCAGAGUACAGAGAUCGAGAUCCAGUAUGGAGAUGAAAUGUUUCAUGCAAACGGUCUGAUGGUGUUGGAGAGAAACUACUUGGAUGUGUAUGUCUACGAUAAGUGGGAAAGUAGCCAACAGCUGCCAAAAUUCGAUCUAGGCGAGCUCUUUGAGCCAACAGAAGCCAAUAUGUUCGAAGGCAAGACUACUGCUCCGAACUAUCUGACCGAACCCGAGCUCAUCGGUUUGAUGGAUGCCAAUGGAAUUGGCACGGAUGCUACUAUGGCAGAGCAUAUCGCCAAGAUCAAAGAACGUGAAUACGUCGCCACAAACCAACGAGGCAGUGGCCGCACCUCAGUACAAGAACUUAUUCCGACUCGUCUGGGAAUUGCUCUUGUAGAGGGCUACGAUAAUGUUGUCACAGGCCUCCCGAAUAGCGUGUCUCUCAGCAAGCCGUUUCUGCGCAAGGAGAUGGAAUUACGGAUGCUUGAGAUCUGCUCGGGUACCAAAACGCGGCAGGAGGUUGUGCAACAGAGCCUUGAUAUGUAUCGGGAGGUUUUUAUCCAUACCCAACGGCGUAUCAACAUGCUGAAGUCUGCCUGUCGAAAAUACCUCGUUGAAGAGGCUGCAUCAUGA